AGACCACCCCCCCACCACCAAGGUGCUGCGCACGCGCACACAGCGCGCUCUGCUGACUACGUCUCCCAGAAAGCACCGAGCUGAGCCUCUGUGCUCAGCUGUCCAGAAGGUAGUAGAGGCGGUGCGCCUCCUGGCAGGAGAUUGCCAUGGAAACGGGGAGGCUGACCGCGGCUUUAGUGAGAGCGGUGAUUGGCGCAGAACCCUGUAAAUCCCGGGAAGGCCUGUAGAAAUUUGACGAAAAUGUGCUGGGGGGCAUGCGCGAUCUGCAAAGUGGUACUGCUGUCCGUUGCCCCCCAACAAGCUUGCGCACGUCGACGAAGGUCCGACGCCUGGAUUCUGGAGGGAGUGUAGGAAGAGACUGUUAGGAGUGCGACCUGAUCUGUGCGGUCAGCCCUACCUCCAGGGAACUGGAGGACCGAUAAAAACGGAGGCAAGGUGGGGGAAGGGCCGGAGGGAUCGAGGUGGCGCGCGGGGCAGUCUGGGAAGUGUAGUCUGACCGGGACAACGAGGAAGACGGGAGUGCGCAUGCUCACAAGCGCGGAGGAGCAAUUUUGAGUGCUGAGGGACAGACACUGCCUCAGAGACCUGACUUAGUACUCCUGAUGAGACCCACUGUGCUGGACUACCCAGGCCAUGCACCCCCAGAAAACGAGGAGCCUGUCAUGGUAACGCUGGAGGACUCUGAGGAGGAGGGAGAAGCCACCCUGUGGGACCCAAGCCCUGAGGCUGCACGCCUACGCUUCCGGUGCUUCCGCUAUGAGGAGGCAAUGGGUCCCCAAGAAGCCCUAGCCCAGCUCCGAGAGCUGUGUCACCAAUGGCUACAGCCAGAAGUGUACUCCAAGGAGCAGAUCCUGGAGCUCCUGGUACUAGAGCAGUUCCUGGGUGCACUGCCCCCUGAAAUCCAGGCACGUGUGGAAGGGCAAUGGCCAAGCAACAUCGAAGAGGCUGCAGCCUUGGUUGACAGGCUUCGCUGGGAGCUGGGUGGGCCUCGGAGAUGGGUCACAGUCCAGGUGCAGGGUGAGGAGGUCCUAUCAGAGAAGAUGGAGCCUUCCAGCUUCCAGCCUAUACCUCAAAUCAAGCCUCAAACUCCAGGACCUGGGGCUGACACACCCCCUGGGGCCAUACAGGAAUUGCCGCUGGACCUUCAGGUGAAAGAAGAGCCAGAAGUUACAGAGGAUCCAGAACUCUUGGAGUCUGGGCCUCUUCCUGCCACCCAAGAGGCUGCAGCCACCUUCCUACCUAAGAAGCCCCAGGGCUAUGGGACAGUGCUGGACCAAGCCUUUCCUCACAGUGAAACUGGGCCUGAGGGGUCUUCAUGGAAGAAGCACCCUGGUGCCCUGUGGCAUGAGGAGGCUGGGGACAUCUUCUCCUCAGGGUUUGCGCUCCAGAUGGACGGCGUCUGUUCAGAGCCAGGUACUGUGAGUCCCUACUUCCAUAUCCCCUGGGAUCUGGGCAUGGCCAGCCUCUCCAGGCAGAUCCGGUCACCCUCCCACGAUGGGGACUUCCUGCAUGCACUUGUGCUCCCCAGCGACUCGGGAGGUGAACAGGAGCCAGCGGGUGAGAACCCACGCCGAGACGUGGGGCCCGCAAUAGUCACCGCGCGCUGGUGUGCUCCAAGGGGCCGAGACCGGGGCCGCCCCUGCACUGCAACCGGGGCUGUGCGGGGCGGCGGCUGCGAUGUGUGCGGCAAGGUGUUCAGCCAGCGCAGCAACUUGCUGAGGCACCAGAAGAUCCACACAGGCGAGCGGCCAUUUGUGUGUGGCGAGUGCAGCCGCAGCUUCAGCCGCAGCUCUCACCUGCUGCGCCACCAGCUCACGCACACUGAAGAGCGACCGUUUGUGUGCUGCGACUGUGGCCAGAGCUUCGUGCGCAGCGCGCGUCUGGAGGAGCACCGGCGCGUGCACACAGGCGAGCAGCCCUUCCGGUGCGCAGAGUGCGGCCAGAGCUUUCGACAACGCUCCAACCUGCUGCAGCACCAGCGCAUCCACGGUGAUCCCCCCGGCCAUGGCACUGCACCCCCCGCACCUACCAGAACGCCAGAACCCCCAGGUCCCUUUCCUUGCAGUGAGUGCUGCGAGAGCUUUGCGCGGCGGGACGUGCUGCUGGAGCACCAGGCGGUGCACACCGGAAACAAGUCCUUUGGUUGUGUGGAGUGCGGCGAGCGAUUCGGCCGCCGCUCGGUACUGCUGCAGCACCGGCGCGUGCAUAGCGGUGAGCGGCCCUUUGCCUGUGCAGAGUGCGGCCAGAGCUUCCGGCAGCGCUCCAACCUCACGCAGCACCGGCGCAUCCACACUGGCGAACGGCCCUUCGCUUGCGCUGAGUGCGGCAAGACCUUCCGCCAGAGACCCACACUCACGCAGCACCUGCGUGUGCACACGGGAGAAAAGCCCUUCGCCUGUCCUGAGUGUGGUCAGCGCUUCAGCCAGCGACUCAAACUCACACGCCAUCAGAGGACACACACCGGCGAGAAGCCCUACCACUGCGGCGAGUGCGGCCUGGGCUUCACGCAGGUGUCGCGGCUCACAGAGCACCAGCGCAUCCACACGGGUGAGCGCCCCUUCGCCUGUCCUGAGUGUGGUCAGAGCUUCCGGCAACAUGCCAACCUCACCCAGCACCAGCGCAUCCACACGGGCGAGCGGCCCUACACGUGUCUGGAGUGUGGCAAGGCCUUUCGCCAGCGCCCCACGCUCACACAGCACCUGCGCACGCACCGGCGAGAGAAGCCCUUUGUCUGCCAGGACUGCGGCCGCCGCUUCCACCAGAGCACUAAGCUCAUCCAGCACCAGCGUGUCCACAGUGCAGAGUAGCUCCAAUUAGGCAUGCACUGCUUGGUCAAAACACCUACCUCACAGGGUUGUUGUGAGGCCAAAAUGACACAGGUACGAGUAGGCCUGCUCAAGACCUGGUUCCGAGUAGCUGCUUAAUAAACGGUAGACAGUGCUUCCCCACCUGUGCGGUGCCUCUCUGCUCACCCCACCCGCCACUUCUGUGCUGGUGUGCCCCCUCUGCGCCCCACAGCACCCAUGCUGCUCCUCCCCAAGGGCAAUUCCUAGCACACCUCCUUCGUGGGCUAGCCAAUGUACCUUACUUCUGGCUUACACAGAGAGAAUACCCAGCCCUAGGUGGGACAGAACAGCCAUGGACACCCAGACUCACAGAGGAGGAAAUGUUCCCUGUGAGCAUCUGCCCUGGGGCACGUGAUUGUCAAUCAGAGUCUAGUCAAGAGUCUGAGCUACAGCAGAUGUUUUAACAAAACUGCUAACUAGGUAUUAUGUGGUUAGUGGUCAGCUACUCAGGAGCUCCAGUGAGUUUCCCAUGGAGCUGAAACUCAGCUCCUGAGAAGGAAAGGGCAGUGCUAGAGUGGUCCUGGGGUCUCUAGGUUCAGAAGGGGGUGCCAAUGGGCCCAAGAUGAGACUCCUAAGGAGAGGGCACCCGUGAGGGGCCAGUGAGCCUGGUCCUGAGAGGUGAGAGCUGGUACCAGAGGUACCUCAGUUGCCAGGUGAAGAGACACUGCUGUCCUAGUGGAAGGAGUGAGUCUUGCUCUCCACACCCCUCAGCCCCUAUGGCACCCUGCCCCUCACAGGGCUGCAGAUGAAG